CAACCACAUUCGAAGAAGCAUGUCUCAAGUCCGUGCGUCACACUUGCUGAUCAAGCAUCGCGGUUCCCGCCGCCCUGCGUCGCGCCUGAGCGACAAUAUUACGCGCUCCAAGGAAGAAGCCAUUGAAAUUCUCCUGGGACUCCGCGCCAAGAUUGCGUCGGGAGAAGCCCGCUUUGAAGAUUUGGCGGUGCAAUACAGCGACUGCAGCAGCGGUGCUCGUGGCGGUGACUUGGGGCCGUUCGGUCGCGGCAUGAUGCAAAAGCCAUUCGAGGAUGCCUCAUUCGGGUUGCCUGUGGGUGAGCUCAGCGGCGUCGUGGACACGGAUAGCGGUGUCCACAUCAUCCUUCGCACGGCUUAAUCGAACCCCGUUGAUGGUCGAAGCAUUGUAGCUACCUACUACAACACGAUAACUAGUAACCCGUGUUUUCCCGUUAUUGUGGCGUAUUCAAAGCAACUGAAUUAUUAAUCACGGUCACUUGCUGACUACUAAUAGUAAGACCACG